UCCUCAGCGACGGGGGUUGGUUGAGUCCGCGCGCUGGAGAAGGAACAACAGACUGACAGACAGCAGCGCGUCGAGGGAAAGAUGGAGCAGCCCACUCUCGCCGUGGACUUCAAUUUCUUGUUAGCUACCGACUCCUACAAGGUCACACAUUACAAACAGUAUCCACCCAACACCAGCAAGGUGUACUCUUACUUUGAGUGCCGCGAGACGAAGACAGAACCUACCAAGCUCAGAAAAGUCAAAUACGACAAAACGGUCUUCUAUGGGCUUCAGUACAUUCUCCAAAGAUAUUUAAAAGGACAGGUCGUCACAAAAGAGAAGAUUCAGGAAGCAAAAGAGGUGUACAGGGAACACUUCCAGGAUGACGUGUUCAAUGAAAAAGGAUGGAAUUACAUUUUGGAGAAAUACAACGGUCACCUGCCCAUCGAGAUCAAGGCUGUGCCGGAGGGAAGCGUUAUCCCGCGUGGGAAUGUACUGUUCACCGUAGAAAGCACAGAUCCGGAGUGCUACUGGCUCACUAACUGGGUAGAGACUAUCCUGGUUCAGUCCUGGUACCCCAUCACCGUCGCGACAAACUCAAGAGAACAGAAGAAGAUUCUGGCCAAAUAUCUCAUGGAAACGUCAGGAAGCCUGGAAGGACUGGAAUAUAAACUGCACGACUUCGGCUACAGAGGGGUUUCAUCCCAAGAGACGGCUGGUAUCGGUGCAUCUGCACACUUGGUAAACUUCAAAGGAACAGACACCGUGGCCGGGAUCUGUGUAAUCAAGAAGUACUACGGCACCAAAGACCCGGUUCCUGGUUUCUCAGUACCAGCUGCAGAACACAGCACAAUCACUGCCUGGGGAAAGGACCAUGAGAAGGAUGCUUUUGAACACAUCAUCAAGCAGUUCCCGUCUGUCCCCGUGUCUAUCGUCAGCGACAGCUAUGACAUCUACAACGCCUGCGAGAAGAUCUGGGGUGAGGACCUGAGGGGUCUGAUCGAGAUGAGGAGCGCAGACGCCCCACUGGUGGUCCGACCGGAUUCGGGAAACCCUCUAGAUACAGUGCUAAAGGUUCUAGAAAUUUUAGGAAGGAAAUUUCAUCCAGUUGAGAACUCUAAAGGCUAUAAGGUGCUUCCACCCUACAUCAGGGUCAUUCAGGGUGACGGUGUGGACAUCAAUACUUUACAGGAGAUUGUGGAGGGCAUGAAAAAGCACAGAUGGAGCAUUGAGAACAUCUCGUUUGGCUCAGGAGGAGCUUUGCUGCAGAAAGUGACUCGAGAUCUGCUCAACUGCUCUUUUAAGUGCAGUUAUGUGGUGACGAACGGACUGGGCGUAAACGUCUUCAAAGACCCUGUUGCAGACCACAACAAGAGGUCAAAGAAAGGUCGCCUUUCUCUUCACAAGACGCCUAGUGGAAAUUUCGUUACUCUGGAAGAGGGCAAGGGUGAUCUGGAGGAAUACGGAGAGGACUUGCUGCACACUGUGUUCAGGAACGGGAAGAUUGUGAAGAAAUACACCUUCGAUGAGGUCAGAGACAAUGCCAAGCUGAAGGAGAGCGAAUUGGAGGAACUGCUGCUCUGAUCGUGUUUCCCAUCAGCCCUCUCUCUGCCCACACCAACCGAGAGACGUGAGGACACACAGUUACCCCGACGUUCAGUGUACAGAGCUGUUCUAUGUUUCUGUCUACGCUUCAGUGUCUCUUUCGAACGGCAGAUGAGAGCAGUUAUCAUGCUAUUUAAAUCAUUUAACAGUCUAUUUGACCAAGUGUGCUACUGAUCAUACGUCUUUGCAGGAAUGGAGACGUAUAUGUGUGCGUAUUCCGCGAGAAGAUUUCGCUUAGCUUGACUGUAGGACUGAAUGGUAAUCGUUCUGUGUUUGUUGAAUGUGAAUGUUGUGUGUAGGGUUUAUCACUUUAUUAUAAAGGAUUGAUUUAUUCCUUUAUGCAAAGGAGACGGCUGAACUAGAGGGAUACUUUCGUUGGCCUUGUGUUUAUUUUAUGUUAUUUCUGGUUUAAGUUGAAUAAUGAAACCUGAGAGGGCAUGUUUAGGUCAGAUUUCCACCUAAAAUCAAGAGGACGAAAAAGAGAAACUUCAUUUUGCAUAAAGAAAUUAGCAUUUUUGCAUUAUUUCCAUGAUAUUUAAGGAUGUCUUACAACCAGUACCCAUUACUCUACUGUGUCCAGAUAUUUUAUUUUAUUUUUACAGUAAUUUCUGACAUUUUCAAUGGUAAUUUUCAUUAAUCGUUCUCUGAAAAUGUUAAAUUGUUACUGUAAUUUUUACAAUUUCCAUAAGUAAAAAAAAAAAAAAAAAAAAUAUAUAUAUAUAUAUAUAUAUAUCUAUAUCUCAUGCCAUUGCAUUAUAGUAGUAAUGGGAAUUUAUGGGCUUAAUUUCUUAAUGGUCCUAAAAGUUGGUUUUGUUUCCUUUAUGCAAAAUAUAAUUUCAUAUUUCUUUGGAUUUUUGGGGUGAAAUAUGAUUUGGACGUGUUCUUGACAGGAUUCAUCCAAAUAUAAUAGACCCUUUCCUGUCUGCGGAGAACAUGAUCUGGAUUUUUCCAACAUGUUAAAUGCUACAUCAAUGUAAACCUGACAUACGCAAGUCAACCAAAAAAAAUUAUCUUUAUAUUUUUUAUUUUUUAAUAUUACUCACUACAGCUCUUUAUUUGACAACACCAGUUUUAAUAAACAGUGGGGAUCAUUUUAAAAGAGUUGUUUUACUGUUUUCUAUACCUAGUGUUCCAAACUCCAGAUUCAUAAUUUUUUAUGACAUACGUAAAUAGCGCCAGUUACCGUAGUAAAUAUCCACAGUCAGAAUAAUGUGGCCAAACUGCCUUCUCUCUCGUAUAUAUCGGCGUAGGUGUUUGUUUUGAGAGCUGGCUUCUUAUUUGUGCUUAUUUUUGUCUAAUGUCUAUUUUGUACCAACAGACAAUUCAUGUAUCCGUUACGUUCUGUGGAAGACUGAUGUUGCUCACACGGUCUCUGGCAUGUGUGUGUGUGUGUGUGUGUGUGUGUGAUGUGAGUGCGUGUGUACAUGUUUGAUUGACAACACUUAUAAUUUCAAUGAUGUUUUUAUGUAUAUGUUGGGUCUCAUUUUUCUUUCAACCUCUUGGGAUAUUUUAAAACUUAGAUGACCGAUGCCAUUUUGACAGGAUAUUAAAACAACGACUGAAUCCUGAAAUUUUGCUGAAAUGUUAUUAUUUCUUCUCCUUUUUUAUGGAAUAGCGAAAAAGAUGAAACCAUUCCCUUUUAUAGCUGCUGUAAGGACAGUAAACAGAUUCUCAAUGCACUAGCCUUCAAACUAGUAAUGAAUCACUUCAUUUUGAUGACGAAUUUAAGACUGUGUUAAGGAAAAUUCGUGUUAAACUUUCAAUAAAAAGCAAUAUCAUAUGGA